AUGUUGAAACAUGCAAUAUACACUAACAUUGCAACUUGCCAGGAGCUGAAUCGGGAACUGUCUCCACGCCACCCUGCAAUCGAAACCGAGUCUCCAUGGAGAGAGCAGCUUCUUUCUGAUAUGAAAUAUGGACCGGAAACGAAGAAGCUGCUUGCCUUUUUGCUAAGGCAUGAUGUCCGAGUAGCGUCCUUAUCGCCUUGGCAGCCAAGCACCACAUUGACGACACUAUCAGUGGGAAACAUGGAUGAAGUCUCGAACUGUACCGGUACACUGCAAAAGACGGCGCCAGCGAACGAGAACCGAGAAGAUCAAAAGUAUGGGUAUCGUCUCCCUUCGUGCACAAACGGUAACCUCAACUUUGCAUUGCAUGAACCAAAGCUGGAAUGGCUCGGGGUGGGUGUUCAUCAUUUGGAUGGGCACGACGCAGUCAUUGGUUCGCUCGAAUGGAAGAUCAAUGGAGUUGCGGUGGACAUCUUUAAGCAUCAGUUUGGGGAGAUGAAGCAUGCUCAAGAUUGGACCCGCCUUCCCAAAACCUUCCCUUCUCGUCCGGAGACAUAUCAGGUAUCUUUCUGCAAUACUGAAAAGUCGGACGACCUUGUUCUUCGCAAAUUGGUUGGGGUCAUGAUGCCCCACAUGACGGCCAGGGAAAAGGAGCUCGUUGAAGUGAUGUCCUUAUAG